AUGGUCUUGUCGAAAAGAUGGAGGUUUCUUUGGACGAUGCUUCCGAAACUUUAUUUUGAGUAUGGUUUGGAGCAUGGUUCUGAAAUGAAGCCUUCCGAGUAUGAGAAAUUUGCCAAGUAUGUGGACAGAUCAAUGGUAUUGAACAGAGCUCCGGUUCUAGAAGUGUUGAAGUUCGGCGUUGGUGCCUGUUGCAGCUCUGAAGAUUUGGUAACAUGGAUCAGAAUUGGAAUGGCUCGCCAUGUGCGUGAGCUUGAGAUUUCUGACUGGACAUAUGAUCGCGAUGACUCACUCUGCAAAAUCGUAUUACCAAAGGCUCUUUACACUUACGAGAAGCUCGAGGUCUUGAAACUCACUUACGUGACUGUCAUUGAUGUGCCUACCCAUGUUUUCUUGCCAUCCCUGAAAACAUUACACCUGGUGCAUGUAACGUAUGGAACCGAAACCGAAGUGGAUGAAUCUUACCAUAGGCUUUUAUCAGGCUGUCCUGUUCUUGAGGAGUUGGUGCUGGACUCAAGUGAUAAUAGGCAAUACUGUUUGCCAUCUCUCUCCGUUGAAAUGUCUGCCUUGCAAAGAUUAUCUAUAGUUCAAAGAUAUCAUCAAGGCCCGGCAGAAGAAGUAUACUCUACGUUUGUGUUCAAUGCCCCGUCUUUGAAGUACUUGAGCUUUGUUGAUCUUCUUGGUGACUUGUGUUUGUCUGGGAAUAUGCCUGAGUUGGUUGAGGCAAAUGUUUGUGUUUUUUACGAUAAUAACCCCGAGAAGCUGCUGGAAUCUCUUACAUCAGUCAAGCGCCUCUGCUUAUGUUUAUCCGUUUCAACGCUUCAGCGCCACAUUGGAUUUUAUCAUCUUCUUGAUUUAGAGCUAUGUGGAGUUUCUGAAAGGUGGGGGGAUCUACUUACUUUGAUGUUGGAACGCUCUCCUAAACUACAAGUUCUUAAGAUCUGGUGCAAGGAACACUAUUCAGCCGAACGCAUUGAAGGCGAGGAGAAGAAAAUAGUGGCGUACAUCUUGAAGAACGCACCACAGUUAAAGACUGCGGUUAUCUCUAGGUGGAGAUAUGGUACAGAGGAAGAGCGAUCUCAGACACUUAGUGAGUUGGUUUCUCUGCCUAGAGCUUCAAGCUCGUGCCAGCUUAUGUUUCAAUAA